GGCAGAGGCCAAUUCGGGCAAGUAAAGGCGACUUUGCAUUCAUGAGAACUAACUGAUUAGAUAGAUCGAUGAGAUUCCCCAUCACUUUGUGCGUCAACAAUCAACUCCAUCGCCAUGGAGCUCCCCAUUUCUGCGGUUACAAGUGAACUUGUGAGCCGGUUCGUCUCCUUCCUGCUGAACAAGUACCAAUCCCAUCGCCACACACGAUUAGAGCAGCAGAACCUGGUGGAGAAGCUGCAGCAUCUCCUGAUUAGAGCUCGCACCGUCGUUGAGGAAGCGGAUCGGCGAUGCAUCGCCAACUCCGGGAUGCUUAUGCAGCUCAAGAUGCUCUCGGAGGCCAUGUAUCGAGGCCAUCAUGUACUGGACGUCUUCAAUUUCCAGCAACUACUUGACAGCAGCAUCAUCGACGAGGUUAGCGACUCAUCAUAUUUAUCCUUCCCUUUCAAGCGUCCUCGAAGAAUUGCAUCCAAAGCAAAGGGAAGAACCAUGCAGCUGGAGUUGCAUGGUGCCUUGAAAAGCUUAGGAAUUGUUGUCGCAAACAUGGCAGAAUUUGUUGUGCUUCUGGGCGGAUGUGAGCGUAUGUCUCGCAGGCCUUAUGAUGCCUACCUUUACACGGACCAUUUCAUGUUUGGCCGGCACGUAGAGAAGCAGAAGCUCUUGGGCUUCUUGCUGCAAGAGAACCCUGUCAGUGAUGAACCUGUCGUGCUCCCGAUCAUCGGUGCCGUCGCAGUCGGAAAGAAAACAUUGGUUGCUCAUGUCUGCAACAACGAAAGGGUUCGUUCACAUUUUACUUCGAUUUUGCACUUGAAUGGAGAUAGUCUCUUGAGAAUCAUCGAGCAUGACAGGACCAUGCUAGGGAGUAGAUUUUUGGUGGUUGUUGAUUUUGUUUCACAUGUGGAUGACAAGGACUGGACAAAGUUUUACUCCUUUCUCAGAAGAAUGGGCAAAGGAAGCAAGGUGAUCAUCAUAAGUAAGCUUCAAACGCUAGCUAGAUUUGGAACAGUGAAGCCAAUUUAUCUCAAUCCCCUCUCCUAUGAGGAGUACUGGUACCUCUUGAAGACACUCACCUUUGGCAGCGCAGACCCAUCAGAGCACCCGCAGCUAGUGCGAGUCGCAGAAGAAUUUGCAAAGAUCUUUCACCCGGGAGGGUCACUAAUGGCGGCAAAUGCGUUCGCGGACGUGUUGAGAAGGAAUUUUGAUGUUGAAUUCUGGCUUUGCUUACUGGGCAAAACCAGAGGAGUGAUUCAGAAGAACCUAUCCGAGCACGGUGUAGAUCCAUAUCAACGCUUUGAACAAGGUCAUACGGUGGACAUAACCGACUUCACUUUGCAUCCGUCGACGGCAAUUCGCAUCGCGAACUGUACUAAUGGCAGCAAUAGAUUGACUAAUGGUGCUCCCAUGAAGAUGGAAACGGUGACACUUGGAGAACUGCUGGUAAACCCUAACAACAGAUCAAAAGGGGAGUUCAUUCUGCUGUCAUGGGAAUCAAGGAUACCCCCUUACACAAGGUUUGAGCACAUUGUUGCAAGUUCUGUUCAAGAUCUAACUGAAGGUGUUAACUUACCCGGGAGUAAGAAACGUCAAGUGCCUAUCUGAUCUUAUAUACUGUAAUAUUUUGCUUCCACUUUCGAUAGUGAUCUUACUGAUCUUGUAAUAUGGCGCUUGUGGAGUGUAACCACCUUCCUGCUUUUCUCAUGCAUUGAAUAGAAACGUGCUAAAAUGACUCGUGGCUUUUUGCUACCUGUAUUUCAGUUCUAUUUUCCGAUUC